AUGCGGUCCACCUUCUUUUCCGCGUUGCUCGCACUCUUCCUCAACAUCUCCCUCACUGUCUUCGCUGCUCCUGCCAACAGUACUCACCCUCCUGCUUGCGGCAGCCACGUCCCCGCCGAUGAUCUUUCUUCCAUCGAACUACAGUUCGGUGAACUUGCCUCUGCUUUCGAGGAAAUCCAGAAGAGAGACGUCGAGGAAAGGGGAUUGGAAGAGCGUGCUCCCAAAGUCAUCAAUGUCUACUGGCAUGUUAUCAACAUCGGAAACACCAGAGCUAAGGGUUAUCUUACUACUUCCGUGAUCAACUCGCAGUUGAGGAGGUUGAACACCGACUAUGCGCCUUCGGGAUUCAGCUUCAGACUCGCUGGACUCUACUACGUCACGAGUGCUCAAUGGUUCAACCUUGGUGAUGUUACUGGUUCCAACGCGAUCACCAUGAAGAGGUUACGCAGAAGGGGAGGAGUUCGUGAUCUCAACAUUUACAGCGUCGGUUCCGCGAGCGUAGGUGGAACAAACCUUGCUGGGUACUCUUCUUUCCCUUGGGCAUACACUGCGAACCCAAAACUCGAUGGUGUUGUCAUUAUCGUCGAUGCCCUUACUGGAAGCACUGCAUACGGUGGUUACUACAAUUUGGGCCGCACGCUCGUUCACGAAGUCGGACAUUGGACCGGUUUGUACCACCCAUUCCAGGGUGGCUGCACGGGGAGUGGUGACUACGUGAGCGACACUCCGGCCGAGGCCAGCCCAGCUUACUACUGCCCUACUGGUCGCGAUACUUGCAGCGGUGGAGGUCUCGAUCCUAUUCACAAUUACAUGGAUUACAGCAGUGACGUCUGCAGGACGCAAUUCACUCUUGGGCAAAGAACUCGUGCUAAGAUCGCCAUGUAUUCCUACCGUGGUAUCUAA